AUGACAUCGGCCCAUUUCACCAUGGAUCACAGCGGAGCUACCUCAACUUACGCACCAAUAACUAGUCUACCUCCCAACUCGCUAAGUCAUUUUCAACAGACUAGUAUGGCCUACAACGCCCAGACCUCGUCCCCACCACAACUGGCCAACAACAGAAUGUUCAAUCAAAUGCAUAUUAACCUACCGCCUCUACAGACAUACCAACAGAACUACAGUAGUAACACCCACGGGUUCAUAACGCCGCAGACAACGCCGGCUAAGCGAGAGAAAAACAAGUUUGAUUCGUUUCUGAGUCAGGCUAGCAACUCGGUUGUGAGAAGAUUGGGAUGGAAACAAGGUGAGACAAUCUUUAUAAAGCAACAGUACACAAAGCAUACUAAAAAUAUUUUUUAAAAAAUGAUACUAUAUGACCAUUCCUAAGGUCACCUAAAACUAAUAAGCUAUCCUUUCAGGGGACGAAGAAGAAAGCUGGUCAAAGAAAGCCAUCGACAGUCUAGUCAAGAAGCUGCAGAAGCACAACAAAGAAGCACUCGAGAUGCUGGACAAAGCUUUAAAAACUGAAGGCCGUGAGCCCAGUGACUGUGUCACAAUCCCUCGUUCGCUGGACGGACGACUACAAAUCUCUCAUCGCAAAGCUUUACCUCACGUUAUUUAUUGUCGCGUUUACCGAUGGCCGGACCUACAGUCGCAUCAUGAACUCAAGGCUAUUGAGGUAGAUACGUUACUAUAUUUGAGCAAUUCUAGACGAAAAACCUUUUUAUGGAAAAUCAUUUUGCUGCUAUUUACGAUUAAAUACCAUAAUUUACACCGUUAACUCUUAGAAAAAGUACUAAAUUUAGUAACAAAAAUUUCUCAUCUUAUGUUUAUUAACCGUUGAAAUAACAGUACGACUUUAGACCUGCCGUUUCUGUUUUGAAAGUGGGCAAAAGGAGAUAUGCAUCAACCCAUAUCACUACGAACGUGUGGAUUCUGCCUGUGUUUUACCCCCUGUCCUAGUCCCCAGAUACAGCGAACCACCACCAAUCGACUCUCAAAUGCAACCAGCUCAACAGUUUGGAGGUAAGCAAUCUCUAUAUAUACCUAAUUUCCUCAACACAAACAUGAAAACGCAACUUUAUUCACCUUUAAUGAAGGAGCAUCUUCAUUCACAUUUUAACGCUAAACAUGUUAAAAUUAUAAACUAAAUUAUUUUCAGCCCUCCCCUUUAAUGUAGAAAUGUCAAACAACAACAAAACCACCCUCCAAACCCUCCAACCCCAUCAACCUGGUCAAUCACAACACUACAGCCCACAAAACUCCCAAAAUGGUCAUAAUGAAAACAACUUUGAACAGAAUUAUCAACAGAACAUCAUCAACCGGGUCCCGGUCCCUUUUACUCCAUGUAAACAUUGGGCUACAAUCAGCUACUACGAAUUGAACAACCGGGUUGGAGAACAGAUACGGGUCUCUUCAAACACGGUGUAUAUUGAUGGCUUUACUGACCCCAAUACUCAAGAUAAAAUAUCCCUGGGGUUGUUUUCUAACAUCAACAGGUAAGACUAUGUUGACAUAGGAAACUAACACAACAAUUUUUCUCUUUAUACAAGACUUGUAAACUGAAAAACAUAAAAAUGUUACCUAAAUAUAAGAAAAUUUAUUUUUAUACUAACUGUUACCUAAAUAUAAAGAAAAAUAUGUUUCUACUAAUAAUGCCACUUUCAGAAACACCACGAUCGAGAACACCCGCAGACACAUAGGCAAAGGAGUAAAGCUAACAUACGUCCCAUACCAAGGUACCUUGUAUGCAGAAUGUUUGAGCGAAAGUGCUGUAUUCAUACAGUCGAGGAACUGCAACUACAUCAACAACUUUCACCCAACAACAGUCGUAAAGAUAACCAACGGUUACUCCUUAAAGAUCUUUGACACUGGGAAGUUUGGAGAGGUUAGUUAUUGCUAGGAUAAUAUUCUUUCAAGUUGUAAUUAUUUCAAAUUUACAAGUCGAAAGUCAAAUUUAUAUUCACACGUUUUUGUACUACGCAUUAAUCCCGUAUUUUACUCAAAAACAAUAAUUACAGCUCCUAAACCAAUGCGUGAACAUGGGCUUUAACAGUAGCUAUGAGCUCACAAAAAUGACAUUGAUCAGAAUGUCAUUUGUAAAAGGAUGGGGAGCUGAAUACCAACGUCAAGAUGUUACUUCAACUCCUUGUUGGAUCGAGAUACAUCUUCAUGCACCCUUAAUCGUAAGCUUAUUCUAAGUUGUCAAAUAAAAAAAUCUGAUUAUAAUCUUUUUCUUAUUUUACAUAACCAACAAAUAUCAAAUAUUGUCCUAAAACCUCGUUAUUUCUCUUUAAUUUUACCACAAUGUCGAUCAAAGUUAUCAAAACCCAUAAUCCCCUUCGUAUUAUCAAAUGUCAAUUAGUAAUAUAUCUUGUUUUAGUGGUUAGAUCGAGCUCUGGCCAAGCUCGGACCCUCACCCGACCCUAUCUCUUCAAUAAGCUGA